AUGGAGGACCCAGCCACCAUCCCAUUCGCGCGCCCUCCAGGCGAAGACGAAGAGCGCAAAGCAUGCCUUGCAAUAGACCCUCCCGGCUUCCACAUCCGCCACCCCCCACCGCCUCACAUGCUAAAAGACUUCAUCACCCCGGACGACCUCCUCUUCGAAACCAUCCACAUGGGCCCGGCCGUCGUCGACCCAGAAAAGUGGCUCCUAGUCAUCGACGGCCUCGUCCGCCACCCCUUCGCCCUCACCCUCCCCCAACUAAAACAGCUCCCCCGCACCACCCUAACCGCCUUCCACGAAUGCUACGGCAGCCCGCUCCUCGACCCGUACCCCACCAACGCCCUCUGGCGCGUCGGCAACGUCGUCUGGACCGGCGUGCGCCUGUCCUCGCUGCUCGACCUGGCGGCGCCGCUGCCGCGCGCCGCGUUCGUCUGGUCCGAGGGGCUCGACCGCGGCGCCUUCGCCGGCGUGCAGGCGGACCGCUACCAGAAGGACGUGCCGAUGGGCGAGGCGCGCGGCGGCGAGGCGCUGGUCGCGUAUGAGAUGAACGGCGCGCCGCUGCGCAGGGAGCGCGGCGGGCCGGUCCGCCUCGUCGUGCCCGGCUGGUUCGGGACAAACAUGACCAAGUGGCUGUGUCGGCUCUCGGCGCGGCCGGCGCGCGCGCCGUCGCCGUUUACGACGCGCUGGUACAACGAGAGCGUGCUUGCUGUUCCGCUGGCUGCUUCAAUGUCCGGCGGUGUUGAUGGCGCUGGUGGCGGUGCAGUGGCUGAGGAGCUGGCGGUGGUGCGGCGGCCGGUGUGGGCGGUGGAGCCGAACUCGAUGAUCGUGGACCCACCGCCAGACACGCGGGUGCUCCUGUUGACCGGUCGUCGUGAUGGCGUCGCCGGCGGCGGCGAGGGCGGUAGCGCGGAUGUCGUGGUCAGUGGGUGGGCGUGGAGCCACGACGGGAUCGCGAGCGUGCGCGUCUGCGCCGAUGAUGGCGCCGACGGGGGCUGGGUCGAUGCAGAUGUGGCGGACCGCGUGGACUACAGUUGGCAGGCGUUUCGGGCGAAGCUCGUGCUGCCGGUUGGGAGGUAUGGAGUUGUGGCACGCGCGAUGUCGAAGGGGGGAGUCGAGCAGCCGAUGCACGGUAGACGAAACCACGUCCAUCGUAUAGGAUUGGAAGUGGUCGGUGGGCCAUGA